CAUGUCAUCUGUCAAUUCGACAAUCGAGCGUAUAGUUAUAUGUCAAUGAUCGAGCGUUGGUAAAAAAAUAUAUCGAAAAGAUUUCAUCAUUAAUACAAAAACAUCAUUUUAAAAAGAAAAAAAUCUAGAAAUAAGUGCAACCAUAGCCUAUGUUAAUUUGUUACAAUUAGUAAAGACAUUAAAUUGUGAAUAUAAAAACUAUAAUGAGCCUGUGAAUGUGUGAGUGACGUGAGUGUAAAUAAAUACAAAUUAUGAGAAAAAUGGGUAAACACAAGAUGAUUGCGAAAAGCUGCCCCAAAUGCGAGCUGCAGGUGGCAGUAGCUUCAAAGUCAUGUAAAUGUGGGCACACAUUCUUCGCGGCCCGUCGCGGGGCGGACUGCUUGCCAGCCGUCGAGGACAUCAGACGCAGGACCGGCAGGGUGCGGAGAUCACAGCCACAGUUCUAUGAUGCUCAGCAUUAUCAGAAGCAGAUUAAGAGAAGAUCUCCUAAAAAACGGUCUCUAUCACGCUCAAUGGACGAGGACACGAAACCAAAAGACAAGAAUGAAAGUGGUAAGUUCACCCGAGCUCGUCGCCGCCGCGCCCUCCGACGAGCACAACGCCCCCCACCCGGCAACAACAGUGGGGAAAGGACGCGAGACCCCACGCCGCAAUUAAGACCCCCUCAGCUAGCUCGAUGCCGUCUCAUAUUACAGGAGAUUAAUAGAAAAAUAUCAGCUGUAACGUGGCAGCCACCUAAUGAUAUGUAAAAGUAUUCGAGCAGUUGACUUGACCCCUUGGUAUUAUUUUGAGUAGUUGACCCCAAAGUGAAAUGCUGUUGACCCCCUUGCUUUGAUUAUUUUUUAAAUUUAAUCUUUUACAGUCAGGCAACAAUGGCCCAUAGAUACAUACAUUAAAAACUAAAAUACAUACAUUAUAUUCAAAACUUGUUAUAAUAUAUUAUUAUGACCCCCACAGUUAGCCAGAUGUCAUCUCAUAUUGUAUGAAAUUAAUAUCAAUUGUUACAAAAAGUUUUAUAGAUAUUAUGAUGGUAAAAUAACUUGUAGUUUUAAAAUAACUGUACCUCUAAUGGUUGCUUUUACGUCAACGUUUUAUUUUUUCAAAAUAUUUUUCAAUGCUUUGAAAACUUUUUCAAAAUUAUAAUAAAGGCUUAAUUAUUCUAGAUAUUAUUAUCAGUUAUCUUGGAUUGACCGAGUAUUAUCUAAAAUACAAAAUAUUUUAUUUUUAGUCUAAGUAAAAAUAAAAAAAUUGAAAAAAUAUUAUCUAUGUGUGUUUUAUCGGUUUUAUCUCCGGAAUUACUUCAAUGAAUUGUGUUUUCUUAUCCGAGGGGUCAAUAGUGCAUUUUGUUGAUAGUCAUUGUUAAUUUUAUUGUCAGCUGUAAAGGCUAGAUUCGACCGGUGUCCCUCGCUGUAAAAAUUUUGGGGAUAAUUGUGUGUUGAUCUUAAAAUUAAACUCAUCUGGUAAGAAAA